GUGCACGUACACCGCUUUCGUUUGUUGUCAGCGGGUUUAAGUGAAAACGAGAUGUAAACAAACUGUUUUUGUAGCGGAUUUUAGUCCAAAACUGAACCAUUAGCCGAGUUUGUGUAGAUUUAAUCCACUGGCUGGAACCAUUGAGGCUCUUUAGGCUGCAUUUUGAACAUUGGUUGGCGAAGUCAAAGCAGUUUGAUUCAUUUUUUCUUCAGUUUUCUUUUUUACGUUAAAGCCACACUAUGUAAGUUUUGAGGAUUUGGAGACCUCUCAGGUGGAAAUGUGUAAGUGCACGUCGGUUGUGCACUGGACCCCUUCCCCAAGCAGAUGAACUUGAUCUGUUGAAAGAGAAUUCAAAGAGAACUCGGGCAAAACUUGAAGGACGUGUCUUCUGGUAGUUUCCUAAUAGAUACGUCUCAUCUACAAACACAGGAAAGGAUGGGCAAGGAGAGAACGCUCCACUGUUCAGAAUGUGGGAAGAGGUUCACUCAUCUGUGUAAUCUCCAACAACAUCAGCGCAUACACACAGGAGAGAAGCCGUAUUGCUGCUCACAGUGCGGGAAAAGUUUUACUCACGCAAGUAAUCUAAAAAAACAUGAGCGCAUUCACACAGGAGAGAAGCCAUGCGUGUGUUCGGAGUGCGGAAAGAGUUUUAUUGACAGAAAUACUCUGAUAACGCAUCAGCGCAUUCACACUGGAGAAAAGCCAUAUUCCUGCCCACAGUGCGGAAAGAGUUUUAGCCGACAAAAUACUCUCCAAAUACACUUCCGCAUCCACACAGGAGAGAAGCCGUAUUUCUGCUCACAGUGUGGGAAGAGUUUUACUGACAGUGGUGCUCUUAAGAAUCACCGGCGCACUCACACGGGAGAGAAGCCGUAUGUCUGUCCACAGUGUGGAAAGGGUUUUAGUCAGCAGAGCACUCUACAGCAACACCAGCGCACUCAUACAGGAGAGAAGCCGUAUUUUUGUUCAGAUUGUGGAAAGAGUUUUACCCAACAGAGCACUCUCCAACUACACCAGCGCACUCACUCCGGAGAGAAACCCUAUAACUGCUUACAGUGCGGGAAGAGUUUUACUCAUAAGUAUAGUUUCUUACGACACCAACGCAUUCACACAAUAUAAAAAACAUACUAAUGCACAAGGGGUGCAGAGCGUUUUGAUUGUAGAAGCGCUUUUAACAACACUAAAGGCUGUGCAAUGGACAAACAGCGUUGUGCAGUGUCCAGAAAUUUUAAGCUAUUGUUUUUGAUGGAGGUAAACAAACUGGAGGAGACAUUCAGCUUGUGUCAUGUAGCAUUUUCCAAGCCUGUGUUAAUAUAAACUCAGAUUCACACUAGUGUAAAGUUAAAUAGGGUGCCAGGGUGCAGGAGGUGGAGGUGUUAAGGGUGUAGCACCGACUUGCCAGACCAAAGGAUUCAUUUCCACAGGAUACAUUUCCACUUUGUGUCAGUGCAUUUCAGAUGAGCUUUAACCCAGAGAAGUCGGCGGCGUUUCUGGAUGUUGUUGAUAUAUGGCGUCUGCUUUGCGUAGUACAGUCUUAACCUGCAUUUGUAGAUGCAGUGGCAAACUGUGUUUACAGACAAGGGUUUUCUGAAGUAUCCCCAAGCCCAGGUGGUGAUAUUCACUACAGAAGAAUGUUGGUUUUUAAUGCAGUUCCGUCUGGGGGGUGGAAGACCAUGGGCAUUUAGUACUGGUUUUCGGCCUGGUCUUUUACACACAGAGAUUCCUCUGGAUUCUCUGAAUCUUUUAAUAAUGUUAUGGAUUGUAGACGGUAAAAUCCCUGAAUUCCUCGCAAUCAUGCUUUGAGGUACAUUGUUCUUAAACGGUUAGGCCCAGUCCCAUUUCUUCUUUUUACCCCUACCCUUUGUUUUUCAGUGUCACCUUGUCCCUUGGAACUGAGUUAUAGGGUAGUGGCUGAAAUCCUCCC